UUCCGACGGCGGGCGGGGGCCGGGCCCGGGCGGCGGAGGGCGGGCGGCGGGCAGGAGGAGCGGGGCCCGGGCGCCGAUGGCGGGCGGCGGAGCCGGGGACCUGGGCCGGGGGGCGGCCGCCGAGGCCCCCGAGACCCGCGAGCACCUCUUCAAGGUGCUGGUCAUCGGCGAGCUGGGCGUGGGCAAGACCAGCAUCAUCAAGCGCUACGUGCACCAGCUCUUCUCCCAGCACUACCGGGCCACCAUCGGCGUGGACUUCGCGCUCAAGGUCCUCCACUGGGACCAGCGCACGCUGGUGCGCCUGCAGCUGUGGGACAUCGCGGGGCAGGAGCGGUUUGGCAACAUGACCCGAGUCUACUAUAAAGAAGCUGUUGGUGCUUUUGUAGUCUUUGAUAUAUCGAGAGGUUCCACAUUUGAGGCCGUCUUAAAAUGGAAAAGUGACCUGGACAGUAAAGUUCAUCUUCCAAAUGGUAGCCCUAUCCCUGCUGUUCUCUUAGCUAAUAAAUGUGACCAGAAAAAGGAAGGUGGCCAGAGUCCUGCCCAGAUGGACCAGUUCUGCAAAGAACAUGGCUUCACUGGAUGGUUUGAAACCUCCGCUAAGGACAACAUUAACAUAGAAGAAGCAGCCCGGUUCCUGGUAGAGAACAUCCUCAUGAACCACCAAAGCUUUCCCAAUGAAGACAACGAUGGGGACAAAAUUAAGCUGCACCAGGAGGCCUUGCCAGCAGAGAGCAAAUCGCAGUGUUGCUGACGUGGCUUCAGCUCCUCUCCUGCUUGCCAGAGGCAGCCUGACUUCAUUUCUCCAUUUGGAGCAAAUUUCUGAGAAGGGAUUGAGAUGGUGGAUGCCCUGCUCUGGGAUCUUCCCAGGGCUGUGCUUUAACGUGACUGUGAGGGCCAUGGGAGCCUUAGCUGAAGUGGGUAUUAGUGUCUAUCCUGAGCAUGGCCAGACAUAGAGUGAGCACUCGGGCUUCUCUCAUUGCUGUUGCCCUCAGGUUCAGGAUAAUGUUUACAUCCUUCUUCACAUCUUUGAAAAUGACAAUGUCCAGGAUUUGGUACGAGUUGCACGUUGUGGCUCUUAGUGUAAGCACUGGGGUGGUAAUAAAACUUUCCCAGCACUUUUACAGUAAUGGUACGAGUCCAUAUUUUUGUAUUCUAACUUCGCUUUUGAGGGAGGCUUUUAGACUGUUAGCCACAGAAGGCUUGACGUUUCUGUUCAGUAAAACAAGCUUCUAACUGGAGCCUAUAUCUAUAACAGUCAUGGUCAAGGAGAGAAGUUAUUCAAAGAUUAGAUCCAAGGUUCCAUAGUGUGAAUUGUGAGAGAAACAAGGUCCUGUGGUUUUAUAUAAAGUUUUGAGCAUUUAAAGUAUAAUACAUGAGAAAGGUACGUCUGGCUCACAAUAUUUGUAUUACCGUUCAACCCAAUUAAGAACAGAAUAAAUAUUUUGACUGA